CCUUGGUCAGGGUUCGAGAUAACAGCAUCGCAUCACCCUCGAUUCUCGCGGGUGACAACAAUGUGGGCUGGAGGAGGUCCAUGGAGGUGGCAUGUGUUACACACACCCAAGCCCGGAUACAUGACCCUGCUGCAUCUUAUCCGAUGACAAUGCCUAGCCGGAACCUUGAUUUCCCAUACUUGACUCCGCAGACUAAAGCACAUUUCAAUUCCAAGAAUGGAGCAAGCUGGUAUCUACUAUCUAUCUAUCCAUCCAUCUUGCUGAAUCUACUACUACUACUACUAGUACUAGUCCCCGGUCGGCGCGGACCCCUCGGGGUGGGAGGGUUGAGUGCCUGUGAUCUGAUCUGCCACUAAGCGGCCUGUUCUGACGGCUUGAUGCAUAUUUCCCGCUUCCUUCGACUCUCCUUUGGAACAGUAUUCCCAGCUCGGAUAUUUCAUAUAGUGUAC